AUGUCAACUGUACUUGCGACUCAGGUUCGCAAACACACAUCAAAGCCAACGCGAGCGGCAGGCAGAUAUUGGAAGGGUAAAGCGCCGAAAGGAACUGAAUAUCCAUCCGUUUCAGAUGAAGACGACGAGGAGCAACUCGAAGUUCAGGAAGGAGAUGUGCUUAUUGGUGGGGAGCAAGACAUCGUCGAGGAAGAUGACGAGGAAACGACGAUUCCAGUGAAGACGAUGAAUCUCGCUUUGAAGGAUGUUAAUAUCUCGAAGGAUGGCAAGGUUAUUGUUGCGGGACGAGAAGAGUCUGGACGGACAAAACUGGAGGAGGGUGCUAUAGAUAUCGUGUCGGAAGAGGAGUCGGAGGAAGCACAGGAUGAAGAAGAGGAUGAGAGCGAGUCUACCGAAUCCGAGGAAGAAGCCUCAAAGAUGUUAUACCGACCUGUUUUUAUUCCGAAACGAGGUCGCGAGACGAUUGCUGAACGUGACGCAAUAACUCUAGAAGCCGAGGAAGCCGAGAAACGGAAACAAGAAAUCGCUGAAGAACGGAAGAAGCAGAGUCAUCACCUCGUCGCAGAAAGUAUACGACGGGAACUAUUAGAAAAGGAGAAGGAGGAGGUAAUACCUGAUGUAGAUGAUACAGACGGCGCAGAUCCAGCUGGAGAAUUUGAGGCUUGGCGGUUGCGAGAGCUGGGACGAAUCAAAACGGAAAAGGAAGAAGAACUUAGACGCGACGAGGAAAGAGAAGAGAUCGAGCGGAGACGUGCCCUUCCAGAAGAGCAACGUUUAAAGGAGGAUCUCGAACGGGCCAACAAAUUACGGGAGGAGAAACCCAAAGGUCAGCAGAAGUUCCUUCAAAAGUAUUGGCAUAAGGGUGCUUUCCACCAGGACGAGGAAAUCCUCAAACGACACGAUUUCACGGAGGCUACCGAGUCUACGGUAGAUAUCUCGAUGUUACCCGAAGUCAUGCGCGUCAAGAACUUCGGUAAACGCAGUAGAACGAAGUAUACCCACCUUAUGGAUCAGGACACGACGCACGGGACCGGAGGUUUUGGAGGCGCCGGUUCAGUAAAAACAGGGGGUCGAUCCACAGAAGGGGGUGGCUGUUUCUUAUGUGGCGGUCCGCAUCUCAAGAAGGACUGUCCUCAAAAUAGUCAACUGCCUCCAGGAGCCCGCAGUUCCUUAGCGUCUGGCGCUAACGCGGCCACUGGCACAUCACGCGCAUGGGGUGAGCGAUCAUCAUGGCGAGACCGGCCCGACCAUGAUAACAGACGGAGAGCGCCGGAUAGAGAUGAUGAUGGUUUUAGGGAGAAGAAGCGACGUCUGGACUAA